UCGCAGCUCGUGGCUGUCGCCCGGCCCUUUUAGAUGGAGACCCGCUGGGAGGGUUUGCAGCGCCGGGAAGUGGUGCCUCGUAGGGAGGCCCCCACCGGUCUCCUUCCCGGGGCGUCGGCCCAGGUCGGCGCAGGUCCGUCACCCAGGAGGCCUCCGGGAAGCCCGCCGGGACUCGGGGCGAUGUGCGUCCCACUGACGUAAAGUUACAUCCGACCAGGACACGGACGCGAUGUUCGCCCGCGGGCUGAAGAGAAAGUGCGCCGACGGCGAGGACAGCCCCCCGGCCCCGCCCGCCUGCAGCCUGCAGCGCCAGUCGCUCCUGGACAUGUCGCUGGUGAAGCUGCAGCUGUGCCACAUGCUGGCGGAGCCCAACCUCUGCCGCUCGGUGCUCAUCGCCAACACGGUCCGGCAGCUGCAGGAGGAGAUGAGCCUGGACAGCGCGUGGCAGGUGCCGGCGCCCGCGAGCGCGGGGCGGGGGCCGCUGGAGCGCCUCGUCUCCACCGAGAUCCUGUGUCGGACCCCGUGAGAGCAGCAGGGGGGGCACUCUGCUGCUGACUCGGGGGGCAGCCCGGCGCCAGACCUCCUCUCCGAACCGCCGGGGGGCCCGAGUGCGCAGGCGCCGCGGAGCGCUCCCGGCUGCGCGUGGGAGGCGGCCAGCCCGCGGGAGAGCAGGGGCGGCUUCCAGAGGUCGCUGGACCAGAUCUUCGAGACGCUGGACAGCAAGGCCCCCCGCACGGCGGAAGGGCUGUUUGCGGACGUGGACGGGCCCUACUACGACCUGGACGCGGUGCUGACGGGCAUGGUGGGCGCCAAGUCAGUCCCUGGAGACGGGUUCGAGACCUUGGCCUCCACGGGCGCCCCGCCCCCUGGCGUCGGCUACAAGCGGGACCUGGGCGAGCUGGACCACGUGGUGGAGAUCCUGGUGGAGACCUGAGCCUGCGCCCACACUGCCCGCCGCCAGCAGCCCCGCAGCGCUGGCCACAGGGACCCGGGGCAGCCCCCGCUGCCUCCUCCUGCCGGCCCGACAGCCCCGAGGGCGUGGCCACCAGCGUCUGCCUUUCCUAGGUGAAUUUUUAAAAAUUGAGUUUUAUAUGUUUGGGGCAACAUUUUGGCUUAAGAUAUAUUUUGUAAACUUUUUAUUAUCUCUAGACUUUCUCAGCUAUUUUCUUAAAAGUAUAUUUUUUCUAUAAACAUCCUCUGCUGCUAAUUAGAAGCGUCUGUAGCCUGA